AUGGGGAAGACGGGCGAUGGCAAGAUUGAGAGCUUUGUUACAGGCGCGAAUAUCCCGGUCGAAUCGAAAUCAAAGGAAGAGGAGUCUCGGGAACAAACAGAGACUGUAACCAAGCCGGACGAUACUACGACAGACUUAAAAAGCUCUUCCAAAGCCGAGACGACUUCCGAAACCGCUCCGAAGCCUCAAGACGAUCAAGAUGUGAAGCAACCCUCGGGUACUCAGUCUGAACCUCCUUCGACCGAAUCUCUCUCAGAAAAACCAAUCGAUUCAGUGCAAGAACCCCGAGAUGAGACGACGACCCAAGCCUCUGCUCCCGCCUCUGCAGAACUGCCCCUCGACUCGUCCGACAAGAACUUGGAUUCUUCAGCCGAACACCUUGCGGAGAGUUCUGAAGAUAGCAUGUUUGAAUUGCCUGAACUCCCCGAGCCGGAACCAAGCAUAUUGCCGGCAAAGCAGUUCCGCCACGCCCUCGUACACGACGAGUCUUUGGGAGUGUCGGCGCUUGGUGUCCCUGCCGACGCCAUCAUUAUCAACAACCCGAACCAGAUACGCCGCUCCAAGAAAGCCCCCACCGUGGUUAAGUCUCAGCCCGUUCAGCCACCUUCCGAGUUAGAUUGGAAUCGCCUCACUCCUUCAGAGGAAGAGGGUGAAUUGAGCCCCGAAGAGGUAUACCGCAACAUUGACGAGCUUCGCCCAGACACAAACUUCCUCCGAGGCUCGGAGAUUGAGAAGCUGACCGAGGUUCUCCGGAACGGGUUUACGACGGACCAGCUCAAAGAGUAUAGCCGUCUCCGUAAAGGUAAAGGUAAAGCUGAUGCUGUGCCCAAGAAUGACAUUGGGUAUGCCUGGGUUGUGAAGCAUUAUCCCUGGGUACCCCAAACGAAGACCGACGUCCGAGGAGGUCAGGACAAGCUCGCAUCUGUUCAAAAAGUCAUUUACGACACCUGGAAGAUCCAGAGUCAGAAGGAGAUGGAUGAUGUUGGAACCGUCAUGGUCCAGAUGCAAGCAGCUUUCUUUCAGUUUCUCACUUUUGAAUCAGAACGUAUGGUGCGAGAGUUGAGGGCGGACUUUCUCGUUGGCGAGGAGGAAACGAUAAUUAUCAAGCGCAAACAACAGCGCCUGUGUAUUGUCGCCAGGAAGGCCACCGCCUACGGUAUUCUCGCACAUCUAGACCAGAUUUUCCAGAAGCGGGUGCUCCGAGAUAUUCCUAUUCGGCAACACGUAGCACGUAUCCCCUCCGAGGAGGAGCUCGAGGUCCUUUCUCAACUUACCAAUACGGUUCUCAAGAUGGCCAAGAACGAUCAACCACCAGCUGAGGAACUAAGGAUCGCCUGGCUCCCAGACCCCCAGGAGAACGCCGCCGAGUCAAAGACGGAGGAUAAGGGAGACGUUGUCCUUCGCCUGCUGCUCGGCCAUCCCAACCCUGGCCGGGAGGUGGAUUUGGAGUGCCUCCCUCAGCCACAAACCAAGGGUAUCCCAAAGAGCCACUUUAUCAACUUUCGACGACCGCUGAAGUCUCUAUCGUGGAGAGACAAGCUCCAUACGUGGCAGCGAGUUGUGACUCCCAUCGACAAGAAGUCAGACGAGGCAUCUCCUAUGCCCCUAGACCUGAUCGGCUCAGCAACCCUCCCCGAGUACCACCCAGACAAACUCGGCUCUAGGAACGUCACAACCGCUACCUUUGGACACAUCCUUCAUAACCAGUUUCAAGUAGGCAAUCUUGACGGGACUAAGACUAAGAAGACUCGCAAGAAGAAGGCCAAGUCUCCUGAUGCCGAUGCCGAUGCCGAUGCCGAUGCCGAUGACUUUAUCGUUCCUCUUCACCUCGACGACUUGAGUACGCCCGGGAUGGAUGACGAGCCUGUCCAGCCCAAGAAACCCAAACCCAUACCUGGUGCGGUGCUAUCCGACAAGCGUCGUGCAUUCUAUCCUCUCAUCCCACAUCCUGCUUCCUUUUCCGCCCUCAAGCCCGAAGGCAGCGAUAGUUUGACUCAAUCCACCACCAUUAUCCUGAACCUUGCAGUUCACGGCGACCGUUCGGCUUCGAACAGGAAAGGCCCUGUCAUCCAGGUCCACCUACCAGUCGACGCUGAAGCCGAUCUGGCCAACUUUUCCAUCCCCAAAAAUGCCGCCGCCUACAGCGUUAUCCCUUGGUACCGCAACGACCUCUUGCUUCCUGGCGAGAGCGUAGACGUACGAAUCCAGCACGAACGUCGCCUUGCUUUGGAUAUGGACAAAACCGGUAUCAGGAACUUCCUCGACACGUCCGAAUUCAACCUCCUCAAAGGUCAUCUCCGAACGCCCAGUCAAGCUACCAUCGAGCUCCCCCCGGAACACAUCAACCCUGGCACAAGAAGCGUCACGCCCAAGAGCCAAACCUACGCUUUCCGUGGUCUGGAGAUCCAUCAGACGGUUGAAAUGCCCUGGCGCAACCACACGCUGCGCUACUCGAGCAUCGAGGCUGGCCAGCACGGCGGCCAGCGUCAGGAGCUCACCCUCCAAGCAGGCAAGCCGGACGACCCGGGCGACAGCUUCGAUGUCAAGAAGCGCCAGAGCUUCCUGCAGCUGGUCGAGGACAUGGCUACUGGCAAGUGCUUCUCCUGGACAGAAGGAUACGAGUCCAUCAAGAGCCGUCAGCUCGAGGACCACAGUUACGACCUUCCCGAGGAGGAGCUUACUGAAGACAUUAUCGUGGACGAUGGCAAGUUCGACACGCAUAGCCUUCCUAACCUCCGGAGAUAUGAGGAACCUAAGCAGCCCAGGAGGGAAUACAUUCCACGACGAGACACCAGGGAUACCCCUCCUAGAUCAAAGAAGUUUGAUGUUCUGGAAGAGAUGGAACAAUUUGGAGAGGCGGACGAGCCAGAGGUCACGGAACCAAAGGUCAAGGAACCCGAAGUCAACCAGACGAGUGCCAAAAAGUCACAGAAGGGCCGGGGAGUUGCAAAGACCAAGUCCCCGACAGACGCUCUCCACUCCUUCUUGAACCAGUUCGCUGACCCCCUUUCCUUGACGGCUCCCAUCUCCUUGAAGAAACCCACAUCCUUGAAGACUCCCAUAUCUUUAAAGACUCCCACUGGCCAACCUGAUGGCGACCGUCAGGUUGACGAUGCUGCCCUCACCAACAAGAUUCUCCUGGAGGAAGUAGCUACCAGGUUUAAUGCUCAGCAAGCGCAAGAGGACUCUGAAGCUCGUCAGCCACAAGAGAAGCCUGAGGCUCGUCAACCGGAAGAGAAACCUGAAGCCCGUCAAGCCCAAGAGGAUCCCAGGGUCAGACAACCGCAACAGGAUUCCAGAGCUCGUCAAGCCCAAGAGAAGCCUGAAGCUCGUCAGCCACAAGGGAAGCCUGAAGCUCGUCAACCGCAGGAGAAGCCUGAAGCUCCACAGCCGCAGGAGAAGCCUGCAGCCCGUCCAGCGAUCAGCGAGGUCGAUUUCGAGGCCAUGUUCUCGGCCAGAAUCAGCGACAAGCCUCUAAAGGCCCCCCCUCCCGCCAAGAAGUCGAAAAAGGGCACUGCCAAAAAAGAGCCCAAGGUCAAGAAGCAACAAGCGACUCCCCAAGCAGCUCCUCAACCGGCUCCCCAAGCAGCUCCUAAAGCAUCUCCCCAAGCGCCUCCCCAAGCAACUCCUCAAGCAGCUCCUCAACCGGCUCCCCAAGCAGCUCCUAAAGCAGCUCCCCAAGCGCCUCCCCAAGUAACUCCUCAAGCAGCUCCCCAGGCGCCUCCCCGAGCAGCUCCCCAGGCAACUCCCCAUGCAACUCCCCAUGCAACUCCCCAUUCCACUCGAUCCACGGACUCGUUCACUUCCGCCUUUACAGACAGGCGCGUAACCACGCACCAGCGCAGUUCAACCGGCGGGGAUGGUUUCUUUGACAACCUCCCCCAGCCACCUGCCGAAAAGAAGGGGAGGCCCCAGUUUGUAAAGAAUGCCAUAAAGGCGCACCUCAAGAAGAAGGGCAAGGUCAAGCAGGAUAGGUGGAUGGGCAGAGGGAGGGUCAGGAGGGGCAGGAGAUGA